CUGGCGCCGCUACACGAUUCUUCACGAAAUCUACCAAGAUGAUUCCUCAACCCAAAUCUGUUGUCGAAGGGAAUGGAGUUGUUCAAGUCACUGAGCCAGAGCCUGUCAGCUCCAUCGAUGCAUUGUUGCCUCGGGAGGGCUACAUUCUCGACGUAGGCAGCUCUGGGGACGGCGUCGUGCGUGUAACGGGCGGCUCUUCAGAAGGCAUUUUCUACGGCAUGCAGACAUUCAAGCAGCUCCUACCGCCUACAUUCCUCCGCCAAAGCAGCGACAUCUCCGAAGACCCGUGGGAAGUACCCGUACAACGCAUCAGCGACGCUCCACGUUUCGCCUGGCGAGGAGUCAUGCUAGAUGUAGCACGCCACUUCAUGCCACUACCUGAUCUACUACGCUUUAUCGACCUAGCCGCCUUUCACAAACUCAAUGUGCUACACUUGCAUCUCACCGACGACCAAGGUUGGCGGCUGCCUGUCGACAAGUGGCCGCGCCUGACAGAGGUGGCAUGCUGGAGGAAAAGAACGAUGCUCGGCGCGGUGCAUCACGACAAAUACGAAGAAAGGCCUCACGGCGGGUUUUACUCCAAGGCGGAUCUGCAGCAGGUUGUAGCGUUUGCAACGAAGAGGCACAUCACAGUAGUGCCAGAGAUUGACAUGCCCGGACACAUGCAAGCUGCCAUCGCAGCGUAUCCGGAGCUUGGCAAUGGGACGAGGGUAGAGGUGAUGGAGUCAUGGGGCAUCUCUAAACACGUCCUGAAUAUGUCGGAUAAGACAUUGGACUUCUGCAGAGACGUUCUCGAUGCUGCCCACGACAUUUUCCCGGGUCAGUACAUUGGUAUUGGAGGGGAUGAAUGUCCCCAUGACGAGUGGAAGGCGAGUCCAGACGUGCAAGCUCGGAUGAAGCGCCUGGGUUUGCCUGACGAGAGUGCUCUGCAUGGAUGGUUCGUCGGCCAAAUGGCAGAUCAUCUGCGAUCUCUUGGCCGCCGUGCUUAUGGAUGGGAUGAGAUCCUAGCUGGCGGAGAGCGAACCCCUGGCGACGUACUGAUAGCUGCCUGGCGGGGGAUCGAGCCGACCAAGAUUGCGGCCCAGCGCGGCUUUGAAGUCGUCGCAUGCCCAGAUGUUGCCGCCUAUCUGGACUUCCGUCAGUCGGAGGAAGAAGACGAGCCCACGCCGGUUGGCACAGUGCUCACGGUAGAUGAUGUGUACGCCUUUGAGCCAGUUCCAGUGGGACUGACAGAAGACGAGAGGACAAAAGUCAUCGGAGCCCAGGCGAACGUCUGGACUGAGCACAUGGAAAGUGCCCGGAGGGUAGACUACAUGGCUUAUCCGAGGCUAUGUGCCUUCUCUGAAGUGGCAUGGGGGAAACCGCCAGAUGACAGCUCGGUCGAGAACUUCAAUGCCCGGCUGAAAAUUCAUACAGCCCGUUUGGAUGCGCUCGGUGUUAACUAUCGGCGACUUAGUGGUCCGCGGCCAUGGGACGCUCGUCCGGAUGCUCUUGGAAAACCAAAAACCAUGGAAGCUCGUAUUGCCAAGCAGGCCAAGUUUAUAGCUGACUUGAAAUAGCCCGCUUUACUUAAAGCAGCGGGCAACGGAUGACGGAGAGGACAGGCGACGCUGGUAUCGGCUGAACCGAGCUGAGACUCUCGCAUGCGGUCCCG